GAUAACAAUGUAUAUGCGGUGAGAUAGUAGUCAAUUCCAUUCAAUGCUUUAAGGACGACACUGGGAAGUUCUGGCGAAUGCACAUUAAGGAAAGAUGACGUGUCAACCUUGCCCCCCAGGGACGCACGUUAAGCCCCCAUGUACAGACACUACCCCUUCAUGCGUAGCCUGUAUACCAGGUAGAUACAAUCCAGGUUGGACCAGAGCAAUUGACUGUCGACCCUGUAAAAGGCACUGUCACGGGUAUGAUGAAAUCCCAAAGAAACCCUGCAGGCGUCUUCAUGACCUUCAAUGUGGUUGUCGGAGUGGUUCCUGGCACUAUAAGCCCAACACCAAAUCUUCGAAGUGUCUUCCGCUCAGGGUGUGCGACAGUGGUUUUGGAGUGACAAUUCCAGGCACUAACGUCAGUGACGUUACUUGUGGGGAGUGUAUUAAGGGAGAGACAUUCUCCGAUGUAAGGAGCAGCUUCGCCGGAUGCAAGCCGUGUACGCAAUGCCAAGACCUAGGGUGGGAGGAGUUACAAGCGUGCACAACCGUGUCGGAUGCUGCAUGCAACAUUAUCACAACGGAAUCACCAAAACCAAACGAGGAAGUAUCGGCAAACCCGGCUUCGAGACAACCAAUACGCAUAUCAAAUCAAACGAGUCCGACUGAUCAAAACACAAUCAUACUGUCGUCAGCAGCAGCUGUCAUCAUCGUACUUGUCAUACUUGGAAUAGUUCUUUAUAGAUACAGGCGUCGGAUAGGAAAGCAAUCUGUCAAUAUCAAAAGGAAAGAUGUAGAAGGGGGAGAGCACGGGUCACAAGAACCGCUGAAUCCUGGAGGAAGUCCCGAGGUUGUGGUCAAAUAUACUAAAGCAUCUUCGAACUCGGGAAAUGUUUGUAGACGGCGGUCAUCAACCGUCGCACCGUCUGGGAUCGAUAAGAUUGGGUUGGACAAGGGGCCCAGGUCGCCCUCCCUCUUAAAGAUGGAUAGGAUGCCACCAUUUCCACCAAGUAAGAAGAGAGAAGGUGUUGAUUUGGUGGACAUAUUUAUCUGGGUGGCAGCCAACCACGGUCUUGACGGGUUCCAGUCGUUCUUGCUGGCCUUGCCAUCCGAGGCUGAGAACGGUCGUCUCACUAAGGCUGAAAUUGAGGCUAUUGAAUACGAACACGGAAGAAACCUACAGACCAUCAUAAGGGAGGGCCUGGAGAAAUGGAGGGAUAAGAAUGCGGAGAAGACGGAAGACGAGGUGCUGGUGGACAUUUUCGAAACAUUGAGCAAGACCAAUAAGUACGACCUGGCUGAACAACUCAGUGAUCAGUUUGCUGAUCACCCUGUAGAUUAAAAAGUCGGAAGUACAGUGUACACAUAUGCAAGUAUCAAUUCGUUUCUUGUGCCCCCCCCCCCCCCCCCCCCCUCUUCAAGGGUAGUUAAGCUAUCACCACUAAUCUUUGCCGAUGCUUGAGUAGUAUUUAUUUUUCCUUUAGUGAAAAUAUGGCGAGGCUGGAAAGAAUAAGGAUGCUAAUGUGUCGAUGUCUUGUCGAACAUACAGCCUUACCCAGUAAAAUUAGUCCGGUUACUUUAUAUGAUGGUGAUAACUGAUAUAUUGUUGAUGGUGAUGUCUUGACGAAAGAAAAAGUAGCAUUGGUGAAAAAAGGGUGAUGCUUGAGCCUUAAGAUGUCGUUAUAGGGUGAUAAGGUGUCGUACCCUUGGGGGGGGGGGGGGGGGGUACAAGACACGAAUUGAUACUUGCAAUAAUAGUGAGGUUUUAUCCCGUUCCGAGAACCAAUUGAUUGAGAAUGGUACUCAUUCCCUUUCCCGUUAUCUGAUAAAUAGUAAUGAGUUUCGCAAUCCUGACCAAGAUCCAGCAGUGGCUGGCGUUUUUUCACGGUUUUCACUGUUGAGACCGAUUGUUUUUAGUGGCGUAACACGGCCUGUUUAUCCACUCACCACCUGGUUCCACGGCCUGAAGCACGGUAUCCGCUUUCGAGAACAGGAUGACCUCAUAGAAAGAAACCUACCAUUCUCGGUGAAGUGGUUCUCGGGUCGGAACGGGAUAGCGAAACCACACAAAAUUGGUAGAGCCUCACACUGAUCGUUUUCUGUCCUGCUCUUCUUUGAAAGCAUGGUGUUUUGAUAUUAGACGACGAAGUAAGAAGUCUGUAAAUAGGCAGGUUUUGCAACCCUCACGAAAAACUACGAACGAGCAGCUACAAAGUAUGUCAAUGUACUUUAUCGACGAAGUUUUUUUAAAUUUGCACGAUAUCUCGUUUAGCUGAAAAUAGAAGAUAAUUUACGAGUAAAGGAAUUCACACAACCAAACAGACCUUCGUGCUUUGUACUUCGUCGUUCGUGAGGGGAUACAAAACCUGCCUAAUAUAUCUCUUUGAUGAUUGCAUUAUUGCGACUUUCUUGAUUCUUCGUUUACUUAUCUGGAAGCCGAUUUACGAGUGUCGUGUCGAUGGAUUCGCGCUGGCAAAGCUGCUCACUUCGCCUUUCGUAAAGUUAACAAAACUUGCUUAAUCAUAUACGCCCAAUAUUAAGUGUACAACAGAACAUCCCUCUUUGUCCUUGAACAUGUUGUAGUGAUAAUAGAUAUGACGGGAUGUUUCAGAAAAGGUGUCAGAAUACCAUUACCAUUGUUGUUGCAUAUUCGUGGUGUUUGGUGAGACAACCCAUAUAUCCAGGGCGGUGUCUAUCCCCUAAGCACUGACAGGCUACAAUAAAUGUACCUAUUUUACCCGUAUCUAUUUUACCUAGUACCUAUUUUACCCGUACCUAAUUUACUUGUAUCUAUUUUACCUGUACCUAUUUUACCGUACCUAUUUUACCCGUACCUAUUUUACCCGUACCUAUUUUACUGGAUACCGGUAAAAAAGGCACUGGAAAAAAAGGCACUUGAAAAAAAGGCGCUAGGAAAAAAGGCACUAGGAAAAAAAGGCACUGGAAAAAAGGCACCAGGAAAUCACUAUACUAGGUAAAAAAGGCACUGGAAAAAAAGGCACAAGGAAAUCUCUAGGUGAAAAAUUCACCUCGGCCCAAAAUUCAUAUGGGGUGCCCCCCAUGCAUUUCUAAAUGUGUAUGUGUUUUUUUGUUAGUUUUUUUCUUUAGGUAAAAACCUGCAAACCUGCCCCAACCCGUUUUAGUUCACAUGGGUGAGCUCCGGGGGUGAUUUUAUGUCAUCAUGUCGAUCUUAGCGUCGUCGCUUACCUUUUGACACUCAUGUGAUAAACUAUUGUAUCUUGUAGAAAUAGGUUAUUGGUGAGGGAACCCUGAAUCUAAUUUGAUUAAACUACUCGACCAAAUCGGAUGAUCUUUGUAUCAUUUUUUAUAAGGAUUCCCUGCCUAUCCAAGCUAGUUUUUCCGUACCUUUUUUUCCAGUGCCUUUUUUUCCAGUGCCUUUAUUACCUACAUUCAUAUGACACAUGUAUAAUGAAGUUCAAAGUCAAAUAGUGUCUACAAAUAAACAGCAUAAUCUUUAUUGAAAAUAUACCAAAUAUUUCUUUACAAAAUGUACAAAAGAG